ACUACAUCCAAACACUGGCGGGCCCCGGCUGCCUCCGCCGAGGUUGGCGGUGUGUAACCUGCCUAACGAGAUUAGCGGGGAAGGGGCUCUCUCUCUCUCUCUCUCUCUCACUCUCUCUCCUCUGCAGCGACGCUGCCGCCAGCACCGGUGAGAAAAGCAGCGCUCGCCGGGUUUGCCGAGGUUUGUCUGAAGAAGGAUUAUAAACUUUUCAUGGGAAACUCUGCGCGGUGCAUUCAGUGAGAUGGCAUCGGACAGCGAGGUAAAAACUCUACUGAACUUCGUUAACCUGGCUUCGAGCGACAUCAAAGCGGCUCUGGAUAAAUCGGCUCCUUGUCGCCGGUCAGUUGACCACAGAAAAUAUUUGCAGAAACAGCUCAAGCGGUUUUCUCAGAAGUACUCACGGAUCCCACGGUGUCACGCCAGCAAACCCCCUGAGUGCGGCUGGCGCAGGGGGGCAGAGGACAGGGCCCGCGGCCCCCUGCCAGAGGCACCUGAGCCCAGCCCGCACGGCGGGGCUGCCGCCGACAAGGCGAUGCAGACAGCCGAGGCAGAGGAGAGCAUCACCGGGGAACGGGUUUUGCAGGAACAAAAACCGGAGGCUGCCCGACCCGACCAGGUGCCCAUGAGGAAGCGACAGCUCCCCGCCUCCUUCUGGGAAGAGCCACGGCCGGCCCAGAGCCUGACGGCCAGAGCCUUUGCUGCCAGCCCUGAGGGGCUGCAAGCCCCCAGAGACCCUCCUCCCUAUGAGGGGAAGAAAAGCAAAAGGAGCUCAGACUCUGCUGGCCCGGAGAGCCCCCCUGACACUGCGCCACAUGCUGGGGAGAAGGACCCCGCCGGGGCCCUCUCGGGCCGAGUGGGUGCUUGGACCUGCUGCCCCUUCCCCUGGCCCGGGCCAGGCGUGUACCAGCCCCCGGGCGCGAUGCCCCCGUCGCCCUUCCCGGGGCUGGGGCUGUGGAGGAAGAGUGCGGCCACGCUGCCGGCGGAGGUGCCGCCCUUCUGCAAGGAGGCCGAUGGCCCGGGGCAGAAAUUCUACAGGCCCAUGGUUCUGAAACCCAUCCCCACCAAGCCCGCCAUCCCCCCUCCCAUCUUCAAUGUUUUUGGCUAUCUUUAGCGGGGCGCGAGUCGGAGUCAUGCCGAACACGACAGCUCCCGAGGGGGUUUGAAAGGCCCGGUCAGCCUCCGGGCAUGAGCCGCUGGCAGCGGGCAGCGGCAGGGGAAGGAGGCCGGCGAUCGCACCCCGUGCCUCGUGGGCGGGCUGCGGGGAAUUAGGAACUGCUGGGAAGGUACUUGGGCUGCACUCUCCUCUCCGUACACGGGGGUGAAUCGGGAAUAAACCUUGCCAAGCCGGUGGCACGGAGCAUGACCGGGUCUCUUUCAUCGAUGGGCAUUGUCUGAGCCGCGGCGAGCGGGGCUGCUGGCCAUUCCUAGCCGCACUUGUAACACCUAGGAGACCUCCUCCGCGUGGGAACAUCUUUUCUGGGGCUGCCCUGCGGCAGCAGCAGUGAAAUGGAAUGAAUUAAAUGCAUUCAAAGAGUUUUUGUAUUUUAAAGUAAUUCCAGAGAAGUCAAGAUAUUCGGGUCAUUCCGUUUUGCAUGCAAGAGACUGGAAGGGUGGUAUUUUGUAUAAAAACCACUUGUGAUUGAUUCAAGCUCUUGUUGUAUGUAAAUACUGACAGAAUUAAAAGAAAAAAAA